GCUCGUGGGGACGGGACAUUGACAGCGAGCCGGCUGUGCUAGCGUUGGCGCUGGCCACAUGGGAAAAAAAAGGGUCAGUGUGGCCGGCGCCUUCACCUUCUCCCCAAAUUCGCCGGCGCCGGCGCCAAUGGCUCGCCGACAGACCUGGCUAUGCGGUUCCCAGCUUGUGACAUGCCAUUGCACAGAGCGGCGAUCCUUGCGGAAAUGCGCGCCGACGGCGCCGCUACUGCUCGCUUCCAAACUUUGGAUCGACAAGUCAGUAAACGGUCUUCUCCCCCACCAGCUGGAGGGCGUCCACUGGAACGGGAUCAUCCGGGCACAGUUACGGUUCGUCGUCACGCGCCCGGCCCCCAGCCGGUCGACAGCCCGCCUUCCUCCUUACUCGCUGAGCAAACCCCGUUAUGUCGGCGCCCCAUUAUUGAACAGCUUGUGGAGGGACGACUUUGAUGGCCGACUUGACUAUAACGCCCUCUUCAUAGCGCAGUUCGCGUCAUGGUAGCGUCGUCGUCAUCCGUAAAUCGCUGCGCCGGCCCUGGCGGCUCCAC